UUUACACCCGGUGCGGAACCGGAAGUGAACCACAUGCCAGUGACAAAGCUUAAAACGCUGUUGAAAAAUGAGCUCUAUAGGAACAGGGUACGAUCUCAGUGCUUCACAAUUCUCUCCAGAUGGAAGAGUAUUCCAGGUAGAAUAUGCGUUGAAAGCAGUGGAAAACAGUGGAACUGCAGUGGGAGUGAGAGGAAAAGAUGGAGUUGUGUUUGGAGUUGAAAAACUUGUCACAUCAAAGCUGUACGAGGCUGGAGCUAACAAAAGGAUUUUCAAUGUAGACCAACACAUAGGAAUGGCGGUAGCUGGAUUAUUAGCUGAUGCAAGACAGGUUGUAGAAACUGCAAGAGAAGAGUGUUCCAACUACAGAUAUAACUAUGGCUGUCCCAUUCCACUCAAACACAUGACAGACAGAGUAUCACUGUUUGUACAUGCACACACUCUCUACAGUAGUGUACGACCAUUUGGAGUCAGUGCUAUCGUGGGAUCGUAUGGAAAAGAGGGACCCCAGAUGUACAUGAUCGAUCCUUCUGGAGUGUCCUGGGGAUAUCAUGGUUGUGCAACUGGUAAAGCCAAACAGGCAGCAAAGACAGAAAUUGAAAAAUUAAAGAUGAGAGAUAUGCCUAUCAGAGAUCUGGUCAAAGAAGUGGCUAAAAUUAUUUAUAUUGUCCAUGAUGAGGUGAAAGAUAAGAACUUUGAAUUGGAGCUGAGUUGGGUAGGAGAAGCCACUGGUGGCAAACAUGAAAGAGUUCCUGAGAACAUAUUUAUAGAAGCAGAAAAAUAUGCAAAGGAGGCACUGGAGGAAUCUGAUGAAUCUGAUGAGGACCUUUGAUAAAUUGUUUGGAUUCUGUAGAUUUGACAGGGAUCAUUUGACAUUUAAGACAUGUAUUGGGCAAGGAUCUUUGACACAUGUUAAGAUGUGGAUCAAAUAGGGAUCUUAGCAGCUUUUAAAAAGUAUGACAACCAAGUGGCUGCAUGUUAAAUGUGAUACUAUAUCUCUGUGGGAAGACUUGCCUUCAGGCGAUCAAACAACAAAAUAGUCCAGAGACUGAGGAAAUUGGAUUUCCCCGAUAUUGAAGUGCUCAUUAUUUCAUAAACCUCUUCAAAGACAAAAUAGACUAGUUCUCACCUUUGUUUUGUCAUUGAGAAAUGUCUUCAUCAUUUAUUAAACUACACUGAACAAAAAAAUCUUA